GUGUUAUGACACUUUCCCAUUUCCUCCAGGGUCCGUUCCCAACUUUUCCCACGUUGCUGGUUUCUGGGAUUGUCCUGGUGGAGAGGCUGGUUGCGAUGGCAGACGAAUUGUCCCAGACUGUGGGAGUGCUGAGCGCGAUGGUGGAUGAUACGGCCCCUGCGCACGUGUUGGAGAUCUGGGCCAUCGUGCUGGUGAUUCUGGGCACCAUUGUCCUGAUGAGCUUCCUGAUGUUUGGCCCGGCCAUGUCCAUCAUCAUCUACCGCAUGUGGAAGUCCCCACCGCAGAACAGCGUGGCGUGACCGGAGGUCAUGCGACCCCUGGCCUCGGAGGGGUCUUGACCCCCGCCAUCAGAGAGGCUGUGACCCCUCUAUGGUUGGAAUCUGCAUGACCACUGGCCUUGGAGGAGCCGUGACCUUUGACAGUGAAAGCAGCGCCACCUUGGAGGGUCUUUCACCCCUGACAUCGCAUGCUGGGACCCCAAGAUCUGAGCGCUCAUGACCCCGAUAUCAGAAGGGAUAUACCUCUAGUAUCAAAGUCGAGUUUAUUGUCAUACACACAAGUACAGGUGCAUUGAAAAACUUGCUUGCAGCAGCAUCACAGGCACAUAGCAUCAGAUAAACAACAUUCACAAGAAAAAUGUAAAUUAAAAGUAAAUUCUGCACACUUUUUACAAGAAGGAAAACCAUUAGAACAAAAAAACGAAGUCCAUUGUAGUGCAAAGUGGUCAUAGUGUUGCUAUACUGAGGUAGUGAUUAGGGUUGUGCCGGUUGGUUCAAGAACUGAAUGGUUGAAGGGAAGUAGCUGUUCCUGAACCUGGUGGUGUGGGACUUCAGGCUUCUGGACCUCCUGCCCGAUGGUAGCUGUGAGUUGACCCCCUAACAUCGAGGUGACAUCAGUAGUGUCGUGACCCAUGACAUUGAACCAAAUGAGAACCAAGAUGCCAAGUGCAAUGUGACCUCUGACUUUUGAGCAGUCUUCCCCAGUGUUCCUCCAAGAAUUUCCAGCAUUUCAAACAAUUCCAAGAAAAAAGGGUUAACAAGGUGAAAGUGUUUCUCGUUGAGAAAGAGUUCACUCCGGGAAUCUUGGCGAUCUGUCGUGAAUGUUUUCAAUCAGUUGAAUUCACAGCCACAACCCCUGCUCCUACUCUUGGAUUCGUAGAGAUAGAACCAUAGAGUUGUACAGCAGGGAAACAGGCCCUUCGGCCCAACUCGUCCAUGCUGACUGAGAUACCUAUCUACACUAAUCUUACUUGCCUGUGUUUGGCCCAUAUCCCUCUACACCUUUCCUAUCCAUGUACCUGUCCAAGUAUCCUUUAAAUGUUCUAAAUAUACCCACCUCUACCACCUUGUUUCAUAUACCCACCACCCUCUGUGUGGAAAAGCUUGCCCCUCAGGUCCCCUUUAAAUCUUUCCCCUCUCAUCUGUCUUUGGCUUUGAGGUCCUGACAUAGUCAUCUCUGAACUGAAGCAAGUCAGAGACUUAUUCUCAGAAAUGGCCAUCAACGUGAGCGGUUAACUCUCAUUCAAGAGUUUGUCUCUGACCUAAGUGAACAUCCAGCAUGUUCUAUUUAUUUAUGACAAAGACCUGGUCUACUUUACACACAAUGCAAACCAUUUCACCUUGCAGCUUAGAAACCAACUUAACUUGGCCUGUUAGAAAAACUCAGUGAAGCUUGUAUGGGGUGUGGGAUCAACUCAUCAUAACUGGGUACCUCUUGGCUGAUACACCACAGGGUCCGGGCUGCUCUGUACUUGGGAUUAAACUCUCGCUCUUGGGUUUUGAUGGUCCUGAAGGUUGAUGUGUAUCAGGUGUAGAAAAUUACACACAUCAGGGUUUGGGAGUGGGACGAAUUGCAUGGAAUCAUGCAGAAAGGGCUUUACUCUACACGUAACCCACGCUGUUCCUGUCGCAGGAGUGUUCAAUGGGACAAUGUAGAGGGAACUUCAGUCUGCAUCCAACCUAUGAUCUCCCUGCUCUGGGAGAGUUUGAUGGGACUUUGUAGAGGGAGCUUUAAUCUGUAUGUAACCUGCACUGUCCCAGCACCGGGAGUGUGUGGUGGGAUGGUACGGAGGGAGCCUUGUACUGCACCUAACCCGCGCUGUUCCCUUCCUUGGAGUGUGUGUGAUGGGACAGUGUAGAGGGAGCUUUACCCUGUAUCUAAUGUGUGAAAUCCCUGCCCUGGGAGUGUGUGACGGGAGAGGGUAGAGUGAGCUUUACCCUGUAUCUAACAUGUGAUGUUCCUGCCCUGGGAGUGUGUGACGGGAGAGGGUAGAGGGAACUUUACCCUGUAUCUAAUGUGUGAAAUCCCUGCCCUGGGAGUGUGUGACAGGACAGUGUAGAGGGAGCUUUACCCUGUAUCUAACAUGUGAUGUUCCUGCCCUGGGAGUGUGUGAUGGGACAGUGAAGGAAGUGUACUCUGUAUCCAACCCAUACUUUCCCUGCUCUGGGAGUGUGUGAUGGGACACAGUCUCUAACACAUGCCAUCUCUGCCCUGGGACUGUUUGUCAAUGAGCCUCAGUGGCUGAGUAUAACCCGAACUCCCAGAUCAAAAUUGUGCACUUGCUUGAGAAGAAGUUUCAUUUAAUAAAAGCAAUCGAUGUAGUU